AUGAAGAACAAGGCGUCCCUUCUGUUGAAGAAAAUCACUUCCAUUUUGGGUGCCAUAGCUAAGGCCAAGUCCAUGGCCAUCAACUCCAAAUUCAGCCCCACCAAACCUCGUCUCCUCAUGCUCUCCAUGCUCAAGACCAAAAAACUUCUCGUCACUUCCCUCUCUAACAAGAUCCACACCAUUCUCGGCCAACACCACGGCGACUGCGACGACGACGACACCCAAGACAACCACAGCAUGGCCAUUGUCCUCUAUGACGCCGCUGCCGCACAAGCAAGCCAGUAUCAAUCCAGUGCGAGCUUGGCGAUGGCAGCCAAGGCUGAGGAAGAGGAUGACAAGUAUCCUGACCUGACACACUCUCUGUUUGACGAAGAGGAUGACUAUGACAUCGACGAUGCGAAGCUGCAGGCUGCUGGUGGCUCGAUUAUUGACAUGAUGAGGAACUCCAAGGAAGAAGGAGAGGAGUUCAAGCUGGAGGAAGAGAUCGAUGAGGCGGCAGACUUGUUCAUAAAGAGGUUCCGGAAACAAAUACGCAUGCAAAAGCUUGAAUCUUUCAAGAGGCUUCAAGAGAUGCUGGCAAGAGGAACUUGA